GCAAACUGCUCUCAGAUGUGUUGGAGUUCCAUGGCGCCAUAUGGGAAUAGCUUAUUCUCUCCAGAAACCGGUCGUUCAAAUUCCAUCGUCCCACCUGCCAGUCUUCUUAAAAAAAAAACUGCUCUUUUUCUUCCCUUCUUUUGCAUUGUGAUUUGGUGUAAAUUAACAAAUUCUUUGUCCGGAGAUUCUUUCUCUGGAUUUUGCUUCGGAAGAUUCGUCCUUUCUCAUCUGGGUCCUGAUUCUGGAAGAUUCCUCGACGUUCUUCGUUUCGAGGUCUGUUUUCAGAUGGCGGAUACAAAGGUUCAGGCGGGGGUAAUAGGAGUUCCGGUGGUAGACGAAACCUCUCCCGAUUUGCUGAAGAACACGCCCUCAAACAUUGCAAGAUUGGAGGAUGUGAUCGAGCAAUGCGAAGGGAGGCAAAAGUAUCUUGCUCAGACGAGAAGUCCUUCAGAUGGAAGUGAUGUUCGGUGGUACUUUUGUCAGAUCCCGUUGGCUGAAAAUGAAUUAGCUGCUUCAGUACCUCGCUCCGAGGUAGUGGGAAAAAGUGAGUUUUUCCGGUUUGGUAUGAGGGAUUCUCUGGCAACAGAGGCAUCUUUCUUGCAGAGGGAGGAAGAAUUGCUCUCACUGUGGUGGAAAGAGUAUGCUGAAUGCAGUGAAGGCCCAAGAAUACAAGUUGAUUCCAAACAGAUAAUAAAUAAGCAAUCAACAGCAUCUACUUCCAAAGCUUCUGCUUCAACUGGCCUAUAUGAAGUUGAAGAGGAGAGAGUCGGUGUUCCGGUGAAGGGUGGACUAUAUGAGGUUGAUUUGGUGAAAAGACAUUGUUUUCCUGUUUACUGGAAUGGAGAAAAUCGGCGUGUGCUUAGAGGCCACUGGUUUGCUCGUAAAGGAGGCCUUGAUUGGCUUCCGAUCAGAGAAGAUGUUGCUGAACAGUUGGAAGUUGCAUAUCACAACAAGGUUUGGCGGAGAAGAACAUUUCAACCCUCUGGACUUUUUGCUGCUCGUGUUGAUUUGCGGGGAUCCAGCCUGGGAUUCCAUGCCUUCUUUACCGGGGAAGAUGAUACUUGGGAGGCAUGGCUUAAUGUUGAUCCAUCUGGUUUCUCUGGUAUUGUUGGCUACACUGGGAAUGGAAUUAAGUUAAGACGUGGUUACUCUGGCUCACACUCUCCAAAACCUACUCAGGAAGAACUACGCCAACAAAAGGAGGAGGAGAUGGAUGACUAUUGUUCUCAAGUUCCUGUCCGUCAUCUUGUUUUCAUGGUUCAUGGGAUCGGGCAGAGAUUAGAAAAGUCUAAUCUGGUCGAUGAUGUUGGAAACUUCCGCCAAAUCACAGCAAGUUUGGCUGAACAUCAUCUCACGUCUUAUCAACUUGGAACUCAAAGAGUCCUUUUUAUCCCGUGCCAGUGGAGAAAGGGUCUAAAGCUAAGUGGUGAAGCUGCAGUCGACAAAUGUACUUUAGAUGGUGUACGACGUUUGCGGGUCUUGCUCAGUGCUACAGUUCAUGACGUGUUAUACUACAUGAGCCCCAUCUAUUGUCAAGCUAUAAUUGAUUCGGUUUCGACCCAACUAAAUCGACUGUACCUGAAGUUCCUAAAGCGAAAUCCUGGCUAUGAUGGAAAGGUUCGUAGCUUGUUUAAUUUGUUCCUUUGCCAAGCCGUGAAGGUAUGUUCUUGGAUAUGCUUACAGGUAUCCAUAUAUGGCCACUCUUUGGGCAGUGUUCUCUCGUAUGACAUCCUAUGUCAUCAGGAGAAUUCAUCGAGCCCAUUUUCGAUGAAUUCUAUUUACAAGAAGUUUUUUCUCGAUGAAGAAACUUCCCCAAUGAGAAGUACCCGACAGUUUAAUAAUAUCCAUUCGUCAACAAAUUUGGACAACGAGAACUUUAAUCAAAUGAAUCCUGAGGAGAUUUCAGGUCGAGAUCAUAAUACCAUGGUGGCUAAAGGAUCAACUCUAUUGGAGCACAAUGAUAUUGUCUGUGAAGCUUCUUCUUUGAGUGGCAGUAGGGUUGUAGACAAUGUGGAUUUGGAACCGAAAAUUGAUAAGGAUGUUGAACACGAGGAAAUCUACAAUUCUGGUGAUGGAGUUUCUCUACAUGAUGGUCCUGACAGAACUGAUAACGGAACACAUGUUCUGUCCUGUAUUCCAGAACAAAUGACUGAUGAGCAAUGUGAUGACGCUAAUAAAGAAGAAACAAUUAAGAAGUUGAGAGAAGAGGUUAACUCGUUAAGGGAAAAACUCGCGGAACUGAGAUCACAAAGUGACAGCACACACACUCGUGAAAAUGCCGUAACAUCUAUGGUGCCAGAUGAGAGGACACAAACGGAAGAUGUCAAAACACCUCAAAGUUAUACUCCUUAUAUCAAAUACACAAAGCUUGCAUUCAAGGUCGACACUUUCUUUGCAGUUGGAUCACCUCUUGGUGUCUUUCUUGCCCUCCGAAAUUUUCGUAUUGGGAUAGGUAAGGGAAAUGAUUAUUGGGGAGAGGAGAGUAUUACAGAAGAAAUCCCAGCUUGUCAUCAAAUGCUCAACAUUUUUCACCCUUAUGAUCCUGUAGCAUAUAGAGUGGAACCACUCGUAUGCAAAGAGUACCUUUGAAAGCGACCAGUUAUUAUACCUUACCACAGAGGUGGGAAGAGGUUGCAUAUCGGAUUUCAGGAGUUCCGAGAGGAUUUGGCUGCUCGUUCGCAAGCAAUGAUGAAUCACUUUGAUUCAAUAAGGACAAGAGUUCUGACAAUCUGCCAAUCGAAAAGUGUGGAUAAGUUGGAAGAGGCAGCAGAUACCGACGAAGAACAAGAGGAAAGGUCGUAUGGUUCUUUGAUGAUGGAGAGGCUAACUGGAAGUCGAGAUGGUCGGAUAGAUCACAUGCUCCAGGAUAAAACCUUUGAGCAUCCCUAUCUGCAAGCCAUAGGAUCACACACAAACUAUUGGAGAGAUUAUGACACUGCCCUUUUCAUAAUGAAGUACUUAUACCGCGAAUUACCAGAAGAAGAGCCAAACUCGCCUUCAGAAGCCAGUGGAGAAAGCCCGAAAGAUUUGAGCAGAGAUCAUGGUUGGAUGCUGCAGGGAAGAAGAGAAACCAAUGAAGAAGACCUUCCUUUAACGUUCUCUGACAGCCAAAUGGUCAGAAGCUUCUCAGAUAAAGCCAGGAAAUACUCGAACAAGGCUUAAAAUCUUUGAUAUGGCUGCAAUGGGUAUUACUUCAAAGCUGCUAAAGCUUUUGAUGAAGAAGAUGAAGGGAACAUAAUCAGGAAGGGGAGCUUUUGUCAUUGCAUGAAUUGUAAAUGUAAGCAUUUCUGUUUAUUUACUGUACAGAAGAUGUCAUUUGAAAUGCUGAAACCCUAAAUGGUUGUGAUAUAUAAUGUAGUUUCAGCA